GAGCGUGGCGCCAAAGUCACCGCCGCGCCUCGCUGUGCCGAUGCACGUGUCAGGCUGCUUGCGCUCAAGACGAGAGCACUGCCUGAUCGUUUGAAGGGCAUCCGUGCAAUUCCCGGACAGUGCCAGCAAGUACUGCAAAGUGCUGCCCAGCUUCACAGGGAGCUCCCCGCUGCCACCAAAGCCGUGCGCAUUCGGAAUCCUGGACCUUUCCUCGCGCUGGCCUACCCAGAAAGGAUCGCGAGGCGGGUCAAGAACAACCGGUUCCUGCUUCGGGAUGGAACGUCCUGUAUUGUGAAGGACCCCAUCUUGCAGCAAGAGGCACAGGGGGCCUGCGCAGGUUCAGGAAAAGCUAAAUGCAGAGUUCCGAUGCACACGAAGUGA